CUGUGAUCCAGAUACGCCGUCUCCACUUACAAAUAUGGAUGUCGCAUGGCCACAGUUGCCAAUAAACCCAUUUCUUGUGCCCAACAUCAAGGCGUAUGGUAUCUCCCGUAAACCAUCGCCUUUGAUCCCAACAUCUCCGCUUUCAGUUUUUAAUCAAGCACUGUCACCAACAUCAUCUACUACGCGACAAACCUUCGUGUUGCCGGCAUCUCCUCUGCCAUCGCCGCGCUUUUUGUUUCUCCGCAUACCACCGCCUUGUCCAGGUGACUAGGGAAAUACAUCGUUGUACGGCGUUGUUGCAGACGCAGCAGAAAGAAAAAGCAGCGUGGUUAGUGUAGCUCGGAUGCGGGAAGUGAUGAGACUGGAAUUCUACCAGUUCUUGUUCUUAAAAAAAACAGCAGGAAACAGAAAUGCUGGAGCGGCUGGCGCGAGAGAAUGAACCGCGCAAGCGGUGUGACGGGAGUAUUGCUAGCUGGAAGAUCAAAGGCCUACUAGGCAUAAGCUUGUUUGGUGAUAGGACGAAGAAGAUAAGAAAAGCGGGAAAAUCAAAAGAAGAGAUAUCCUGGCAAAAAGGUUUCUCAAGCUACUCAAGCUUCGUAAACUGUUGAUGCCUCCGCAGCUGCAUGGCUAGUCAUUGAAUGGCCCGAUGUCGACUCCGGGUUCGGCCGCG